CCUCCACGCCCCAUCAUGCUCAGGGUCGUCGGCAGGGUCACGCCUGGCGCGCUGGGCCAACUAAACCAACCAGCCAGCCAUCCCGCCGUGCCCGCCCGCCCCGGCGGAUCCAAAAUAGCACCACCAAAGGCUGCAGGCCGGUGCGAAAAUCUCCGCGUCUGGCGCAUGCGAUCGGCGUAUGACGGCUGCGUUGGCCGCGUGUGCGUGCGCCGCCGCCGUGCCUGAGGGUCCAAGGUAUUUCAAGGGUCUGGUCUUUGCUCGCUCGCUGAAGAAUGCGGUGUGUGCUCCUAGCUUUACCUCCUGAACUACAAACACGCUUCUACAUAAACUGCCUCGCUCCCCACCUCCCAAGGGACAUACAUCCACUCCUCCGAAGAUCCCUCUCCCCCGUCCCUCGUCGACUGCCUCAUCCGGCAAUUCCGUCUUCUCAUCCAACCAACCCACCAACAUAUCAACCACCAUAUCACCAGUCGACAUGGCCGGCUCCAAGUUUGUCGAGAUGCUCGACACCGACAUCCAACCCACCUACUCGGCCUACAACGUCUCCCUCGACGACAUCCUCGCCGAAACCCAGCGCCGGUGCUCCUCGUCCGCCGGCAGCAGCAGCAGCAGCAGCGGCUACUCGACCGACGGCAAAGAUGCCACGCGACCUACCAGCCCCUCCAGCCCGGUCAAGAGCAAGUUCAAGCGCUUCUCCCUCAGCGCAAAGAGCCACUCAUGAGCAAUGGGUCUAGACCGCCACCACGGCGUUUGCCCACCACCACUUUAGAGGAAUAAGGUUGUCACGCGGAGGACUCGCGUGUCACGCAUCCAAAGCCAUGGAGCAGCCGAUCCCUGGGAGGAAACCGAGCAGAGGGA